AUGUGCCUCAAGUCUCGAUAUCAGAGCACGGGUACCCCGUCAGAUCUCGAUGCCUCUGUUCCCAUGAUUUCAAUUGCGUUGAAUAUCCCUCGCAAAGAUGAGGGUGACCAGGAAUAUCUCAAGAUGCUUCCUAAUUAUGGUCUCAUCCUCAGGUUGCUAUUUCAUCGAACAAGAGACUUGGAAGACUUCAACCGUGCUCUUGGUGCUAUGACAGCGGCUCACCUCUUGAUGACAGAUCAACCAGAAAGUCGAGCUUCCAUUACAUCUAAUCUUGUGCUCAUGCACUGGGAAAGAUAUAGUGUAACAGAAGAUCGUGGGGACAUUGACCCUGCAGUUCGAUAUAAGAAUGAAGGAUUGGCAGAGGUUUUGGACAAAACGGCCUAUUCGACCAAGCUCACAUAG